UGAAGCCCGCCCAGCCUCUCUUUCUCUUUAUAUGAUCCACUGGCAAUACGGGUGGACUUGGCUAACUCAUCGCCGCUGCAUGCCAUGAACUCCAUGAACUCCAUUUCAAUCAUUACUGGGCUUAUCUCGUUCGGGCUGGUCAUUUAUUAUCUUCGGCAAGAUAAGCUGCAGCACAUCCCUAGCCCAGGGCCCACAGGGCCCAUCAGCUCUUGGUUUGCGGCGUACAGAUACGUCCGCCAUGGAUUCGAGGUUGUCGACGAAGGCUACCGGAAGUACAAAGGCCGCGUAUUCCGCAUCGCAGAUCUUACCCACUGGAUCGUCGUCGUCACUAGCCCCGCGCUGAUCCAGGAACUGCGCAAGGCGCCAGAGGAGCAGCUCUCCUUCAAAGAGGGUAUUCGCUACUCGCUGCAAGCCGACCACACACUUGGCCGCGAGGCUACGUCAAACGGGUAUCACGUCCCCGUCAUUCGCACGCAGCUCACGCGCCACCUCACCCCGUUCUUCGCCGAUAUUCACGACGAGAUUGUGCAGUCGUUCGCCGACGUUGUGCCACCCACAGAGGGAUGGGCGAAGGUGCCGGUGCUGAAGGCCACCAUGCGGGUCGUCAGCAGGGUGAGCAACAGGGUCUUCGUCGGGUUGCCGUAUUGUAGAGACCCAGAGUUUUGCGCAAUCGGCAUCCAAUUUGCCACGGACGUUGUAAAGACGGGCCUUGCCUUGCACUUAACUCCGAUUUUCCUCAGACCGUGAGUUCUCUUGCUUA